GUAUGGUUUCCACAAGGUCAAUAAAUCACCUCGUGGCCAUCGAACAUUAGCCGAAAAUCAAAUAUGGGAGUUCUCACAUCCAAAAUUUAUGCGGGAUCGACAUGACUUGCUGGACGAGAUCAAACGAAAGGCUUUGGAAUCAGACAAUAUGCGACGAGAUACCAAUGACAUGGGUUCUCAUCUCUCUAUGAUGCAAAUGGCUCAAUCUGAUAUGAUGCAACAAUUGGGAAGAUUACAAGAAGGCUUUGAUCAAAUUAUCCGAGAGUUGGCUGAAACGAAACAACGGCAAAAUACUCAACAAGAGAUGAUGAAGACAAUGAUGCAAUUUUUAUCAGAACGACAAGGUGUUCAUUGUAAGUUAUUAAAAUAAAUAAUAUAAUCUUGUUUCACUCAAUUUUUUUUUCAUCUUUAUAGUUCAAAUGCCACCUGACUUUGAUAUGGUGAAAUCAAGUAUAGAACAGCCUCCGUCCAUUCUUAUUACCUCACCUGAUGUUGGAAACACUACCACGAUGGAUAAUUUUUAUAUGACAUUGCAACAACAGCCAUCAUCACCAUCUUCAUCUUCAUCAUCAUCUCCAUUCAUGCAAGCACCAGUAUUAUCCUCACAAACCAAUCAAUUCCAUCAGCAUACCAACAAUAGCAAUAAUAGCAAGCAUCACCUCCGACGAAAUACUCCACUCACUGUUCAAACACAAAACCUUUCAUCACCAAUGGAUAUGAAUUUUCUUAGUGAUGGUCGAUCACCAACAUCUCCUUAUAGCAAUUAUCAUACACCCAUGGCAUCAACUCCCGUCAGCCCAAAUGCAUUUCUAUCUGAUGAUGACGCGAUCUCUCCUCGAACUCCAAAUACCAUCAGCCCCUCUCAACCGCCAAAUAGUAGUGAAAGUGUCAUGAUGAAUCAUCUCUUACAACAAGAACAACAACAUCAACAACAAAUUGAUCACCAGCAAUCACAUCAUGAACAACAACAAUUACUUCAUAUACAAAUGGGACAAAUGCUAGCAAACGAUCGGUUUUCUUUUCGAAUGGAUGGUUGAUAUUUUAGUUUAGAUUCUUCCCCUCUCUCUCACUUCCUCCUUUUUUUUUUUUUUAUUCAACUCUUUAUUCCUUUUUUGGUCAUUUCUUUUUACAUAUAUAUAGCUAUAACAAGUAAAAAAAAAAUGUAUACCAUGCAGCAUACAACCCCUCCCUCCUCUUCGUCUUACUUACUGAAUCACUCUUAUCAAUUAUUCCCUUUUUUUUUGUCUAAUAAAAAUUCUUUUUGAUAUGCACCC